AUUUGAUUCUACAGUUUACCAGUCGAGCAUUAUGAGCCAUUCUUAUCUCAACAGCAGUCGUUCUGUCAAGAUUGGUGCUCGUCCUACACGAGAGCGCAAUACAGAUGAGCAAUGGAAGAUUCUUUCCAACGGCAUCACUCAGAUAUACUGCAAAAAUGCCCUUCAACUUAGUUUUGAAGAGCUUUAUCGGAAUGCUUACAGCAUGUGUUUACAAAAAGCAGGCGAACGUCUAUAUAAAGGCACUCAGACUCUCAUAUCUGAAUUUCUGGAAAAGGCAGUUGCGCAAAACGUUGUUCCUGCGUUUCCACAUAAUGCAACUCCAUCUCAGAGUAAAGCACAUGUGUUUUUGAAUCAAGUCAAAUCUCUAUGGGACGAUCACAUUGUUUGUCUUGGAAUGAUUCGAGAUAUUCUAAUGUAUCUAGAUCGCACAUAUGUCAAGUCGGCUAAUUUACCCACUGUAUAUGAAAUGGGUUUGGAAACUUUUCGUAAUGUUGUAUUGCAGUCGGUCCAAUACCAAGUCAAAUCGCAUAUCAUUACCACAUUGUUGUACCAGAUCCAGCUUGAACGUGAUGGUCAGAUGAUUGAUCGGAUGCUAUUGAAAAACAUAAUAGAUAUGCUAUUGACUCUUCCAGCUAGUUCCACAUCAUCGAGUCGUACCAUUGCUACCGUAUACCAUGCUGAUUUUGAGCGUGCCUUUCUCCAAACAAGCCAGACAUUUUACUCGCGCGAAAGCGAGGUGCUUCUCAAAGAAUGCGAUGCAAUUCAAUUUUUAAAGCGAGUUGAAAAGCGACUAAACGAAGAGGACAUUAGAACAAAGCAUUAUAUUCACGCAUCUACUCGACCCAAAAUCCAAUCUAUUUUUGAAAAAGAACUGUUGGAAAAUAAUAUCAAAACAAUUCUCGAGAUGGAUUCUGGAUUGGUACCUAUUGUUGCCAAUGAUCGAUUUGAGGACUUGCAGCGUAUCUACUCGCUAUUCAGUCGUGUUCCAAAUGGCCAUGUUGAACUGCGAUUUGGACUAUCAAAUAUCAUUAAGCAAAGCAAUACUUCCCGACCAUCAAAUACCAACAUGCCAUCCGAAACAAACCCAUUGUCGCCUAUUUUAUGGGUCGAAGCAAUGAUUUCUCUUAAAGAUAAAUAUGAUACUAUGCUUGAUGCUUGUUUUGCACGAGAUAAAACAUUUCAAAAUGAUAUCAACUCUUCUUUGGAAACAUGCAUCAAUCUCAACAUCAAAUGUCCCGAGUUUCUCAGUUUAUUUAUUGAUGAAAAUCUUCGCAAAGGAAUCAAAGGGAAAUUGGAUGAUGAGAUUGAAAAGUUUCUUGAAAAAUCUGUAUGUUUUUUCCGCUUCAUUCGCGAAAAAGAUGUGUUUGAGCGCUACUACAACCAACACCUUGCUAAACGGCUUCUUUACGGUCGCAGUGUUAGUCACGAUACUGAGAAAAACAUGAUCAGCAAACUCAAGGUGGAAUGUGGACAUCAGUUUAUAUCCAAGCUAGAAGGGAUGUUUAAGGAUAUGCAUGUAUCCAAUGAUUUGACACACGGGUUUAAAGAUUAUAUGGCUUCAGUCUCCGUCUGUGAAACCAAGACUCCCGAUCUGUCCAUCUAUGUUUUGACGAAUACGUUUUGGCCCGUGACAGUACCUCCAGCCAUGAUGGCAUGUUAUCUCCCGCCCAGCCUUGCCAUCACGGUUGAUCAUUUUCAAAAAUAUUACAUGACUCUCCACUCUGGUCGUCAGCUUACAUGGCUCAAACACAUGGGUACAGCAGAUCUCAAAGCUCAAUUCACUACAUGCAAAAAAGAGUUGAAUGUCAGUACCUAUGCCAUGGUUAUUCUUCUGACAUUGUUUAAUAGCUUGGAAGUGAACGAACCUAUUGGCUAUCAACGUAUCAUGAAUGAAACAGAGAUCCCUAGUGGUGAUUUAGCACGUACCUUGCAAAGUCUGUCACUGGGCAAGUAUCGUAUUUUGCUUAAAUCAACCAAAACAAAAAGCAUCGGGCUUGAUGAUACGUUUGUAGUGAAUGCUGCCUUUACAUCCCCAUUGAGUAAAAUCAAGAUUCAAACUGUUGCUGCAUCUACUGUUGCGGGAUCUACCACCCAUACAGGAUUGGAUCCAACUUCUUUGGCGACUUCAAGCACGGCAGCCAACUCAGUCGAGACAGAGUUUGAACGGGUCAAGACAAUGGAGCAAGUAGCUCAAGACCGAAAACAUCAAAUCGAAGCAUGUAUUGUUCGUGUUAUGAAAUCAAGAAAAUCAAUGCGUCACAAUGAACUUGUAGCUAUGGUGAUUUCGCAAUUAAGUUUGCGGUUUUCUCCUGAUCCUUUAGUUAUCAAAACCCGGAUCGAGGAGUUAUUUGAACGAGAAUAUCUUGAACGAGAUACGGAGAACCGACAAUUGUAUCACUAUGUGGCUUAAAGAUAAAUAUAUUCCAUACAUUGAUCAUAUGAGUACUAACAAGAGCAAGCAGUCUACUUUUCAGACCUAUCCAGAAAUGGUUUUAAAUAAACUGACGCGUUGA